CUCAAGAGCUAAACAUAUCAAAUAUAAUAUAAAAUGCGACUGCUUCGACUGUUGCUGCUGCUCUUGGCCAGCUUGAGUCAGGCGUGGGCCUACUCCUACCUGGUGAUAGCCCAUACGGCAGCCAAGUCGCACUUCUAUGUGGGCCAGGCGUUGGCCAAGGGUCUGGUCGGUGCGGGGCAUGAAGUGACGAUGGUCUCGCCAUUUCCACAAAAGAAGCCUCUAAAGAAUUUCGUCGAUGUGGCGACGCUAAGCGUAAUACCAGCCAUGGAAGUCAACAAAGCGAGAAUAUUCGAAAUUGCCAAAAUACCUAUUGUGUUCCGCCUGCCUUUUAUGCACGCGAUGGGCCUCAAUCUAACCCGAACCCUCCUCGCGGAGCCAUCAGUGCAGACGCUGCUCGCAGAGAAUCGCACCUUCGACGCGGUCCUCUGCGAAAUCUUCAUGAACGACGCGCACUACGGCUUUGCGGAGCACUUCAAGGCGCCGCUGAUAGCAUUCAGCUCCUUCGGCGCCUCCUCCUGGAGCAAUCCGCUGGUCGGCACGCCAUCGCCGCCCUCCUACGUGCCGCACUUUCUGCUCCAGUUCAGCGAUCACAUGAGCUUCUUCGAGCGUGCUCAAAACCUCAUCUUCACGGCCUUUGAGUACAUUUACCAUACGUUUUUCUAUUUGCCUCAGCAGGAGCAGAUCUAUAAGGAAUUCUUUCCCCGCAACAAACAGAGCUUCGAUGAUAUGCGCAGAAACACGGCGCUGGUGCUGCUCAACAACCACAUUUCACUCGGAUUUCCCCGACCCUAUGCGCCCAACAUGAUCGAGGUGGGCGGCAUGCACAUCAAUCGAAAGCAACAGCCCCUGCCCCAGGACAUUGAGGACUUCAUAAAGGGCGCCAAGCAUGGCGUCAUCUACUUCUCGAUGGGCUCAAAUCUGAAGAGCAAAGACCUGCCCCAGGAAAAACGUCAGGCAAUAAUUGAAACCUUUGGCAAGCUGAAGCAGCGCGUACUGUGGAAAUUCGAAGAGCCCAAUUUGGUUGGAAAACCCGCGAAUGUCUUUAUCUCCGACUGGUUCCCGCAGCACGACAUAUUGGCCCACGAGAAUGUCAUCCUGUUCAUCACCCACGGCGGUCUGCUCAGCACCACCGAAUCCAUUUAUCACGGCAAGCCUAUUGUGGGCAUUCCCAUCUUCGGCGAUCAGUUUGUCAACAUGGCUCGAGCUGAGCAGUUGGGCUACGGCGUUACAGUCGCCUUUGACAAGCUGACAGCUGAGUCGUUCCAUCAGGCCAUUAACUGGGUACUCACCGAUCCACACUACGCCCAGCAGAUGCGUGAGAUGUCCGCCCGAUUCCGAGAUCAGCAUGAAACGCCACUGGAACGGGCUGUCUACUGGGUGGAGCAUGUGACCAGGCAGAAGGGCGCCAAGUAUCUAAGAAGCGCUUCACAGAACUUGAACUUCAUACAAUACCAUAAUUUGGAUGUCUUCGCGAUGAUAGUGGGUGGCUUGAGCUUUCUUACGUUUGCUGUUAUUUAUAUAUUGGCAGCAGUCGUCAGAUUCAUACGUAGAACACUCCGAGGCAAGUCCAGGAAAGUAAAACAAAAUUGA